AUGGGGCGGUGGCCCCCCGCGCUGCGGCCGCUGCUGCUGCUCCUGCUGCUGCCGCCGCCGCCGCCGCUGCCCCGGGCGCUGCGCGGGGAGCCCUGCCCCGAGCCCUGCAGCUGCCCGCCCGACGGCGCCCUGCGCUGCCCCGGCCCGCGGGCCGGCCUCAGCCGACUAUCACUCACCUAUCUCCCUAUCAAAGUAAUCCCAUCUCAAGCUUUCAGAGGACUUAAUGAGGUCAUAAAAAUUGAAAUCUCUCAGAGUGAUUCCCUGGAAAAGAUAGAAGCUAAUGCCUUUGACAGCCUCCUCAAUUUGUCUGAAAUACUGAUCCAGAACACUAAAAAUCUGGUGUACAUUGAGCCCGGAGCAUUUACAAAUCUCCCCCGCUUAAAAUACCUGAGCAUCUGUAACACAGGCAUCCGAAAGCUUCCAGAUGUUACGAAGAUCUUCUCCUCUGAAUUUAAUUUCAUUCUGGAAAUUUGUGAUAACUUACACAUAACCACGGUACCAGGAAAUGCUUUUCAAGGGAUGAAUAACGAAUCCAUAACACUAAAACUAUAUGGAAAUGGAUUUGAAGAAAUACAAAGUCAUGCAUUCAAUGGGACAACGCUGAUUUCCCUGGAGCUAAAGGAAAACGCGCACCUGGAGAAGAUACACAAUGGCGCCUUCCGGGGGGCCACCGGGCCUAGCAUCUUGGAUAUUUCUUCCACUAAACUGCAGGCCCUGCCCAGCUAUGGGCUGGAGUCCAUUCAGACGCUAAUUGCCACAUCAUCCUAUUCUCUGAAAAGACUGCCCUCAAGAGAAACACUUACCAACCUCCUGGACGCCACGCUGACCUACCCCAGCCACUGCUGUGCUUUUAGAAACGUGCCAACAAAAGAGCAGAAUUUUUCAUUUUCCAUUUUUAAAAACUUUUCCAAACAAUGUGAAAGCACAGCAAGGAGACCAAAUAAUGAAACACUUUAUUCUGCCAUCUUUGCUGAGAGCGAACUGAGUGGCUGGGAUUAUGACUAUGGUUUCUGCUUACCCAAGACACUCCAAUGUGCUCCUGAACCAGAUGCUUUUAAUCCCUGUGAAGAUAUUAUGGGCUAUGACUUCCUUAGAGUACUGAUUUGGCUGAUUAAUAUUUUAGCCAUCACGGGAAAUGUGACUGUCCUCUUUGUUCUCCUGACCAGUCGUUAUAAACUGACAGUGCCCCGCUUUCUCAUGUGCAACCUCUCCUUUGCAGACUUCUGCAUGGGGCUCUACCUGCUACUCAUUGCCUCAGUUGAUGCCCAAACCAAAGGCCAGUAUUAUAACCAUGCCAUAGAUUGGCAGACAGGGAGUGGAUGUAGCGCUGCUGGCUUCUUCACUGUAUUUGCGAGUGAACUUUCUGUCUACACCCUCACAGUCAUCACACUAGAAAGAUGGCACACCAUCACCUAUGCUAUUCAGCUGGACCAAAAGCUGCGAUUAAAACAUGCCAUUCCGAUUAUGCUUGGAGGAUGGCUCUUUUCUACUCUAAUCGCCAUGUUGCCUCUUGUGGGUGUCAGCAAUUACAUGAAGGUCAGCAUUUGCCUCCCCAUGGAUGUGGAAACCACUCUCUCACAGGUCUACAUAUUAACCAUCCUGAUGCUCAAUGUGGUGGCCUUCAUCAUCAUCUGUGCUUGCUACAUUAAAAUUUAUUUUGCAGUUCAAAAUCCGGAGCUGAUGGCUACUAACAAAGAUACAAAGAUUGCUAAGAAAAUGGCAGUCCUCAUCUUCACCGAUUUCACCUGCAUGGCACCAAUCUCUUUCUUUGCCAUCUCAGCUGCCUUCAAAGUGCCCCUUAUUACAGUAACCAACUCUAAGGUUUUACUGGUUCUUUUUUAUCCUGUCAAUUCGUGUGCCAAUCCGUUUCUGUAUGCAAUUUUCACAAAGGCAUUCCGAAGGGAUUUCUUUCUGUUGCUGAGCAAAUUUGGCUGCUGUAAAUAUCGAGCUGAACUUUAUAGGAGGAAGGAUUUUUCAGCUUAUACCUCCAACUGCAAAAAUGGCUUCACUGGAUCAAAUAAGCCUUCCCAGUCUACCUUGUAAGUGACCACAUUACAAUGUCAAUAUUCAGCUGUCCUGGACAAGACUUGCUGUAAGGAGUGUUAACUGUUAUAUCAGUAACCACAUUACUGAAUUAUACUUAAAUAUGUAAAAAAAUUACCUGUACCAGUAAUUUUAACAAAGAGCUGAUUUCAGGAAAUUAUGUUAGGCACAUUAGGCAAAAAAAGACCUCUUCCUAGCUCAAAGUGUGGUCUAUGACCAUUGCCAGUCCAAAAACUAUGCGUCACUGGCACAUGACCAUACAGAAGGUGAGAGUGUUUAGAAACUUUUACAGCAAUUUUGGCAGAGUAAUUUUAUGUCUGUUGAAUCUAAUAUUUUAAAAAUGAGGUGAUAUUUUGCAUGUCUUUAAUUUUUUCUUUUUGUCCUUGCAAUAAUUUUUAUUGCAUUUUAUAAAAAUGUUAGUCCGUAACAUUUGAAGUUUAAAAUAACUUGUCCUUUUCAUCAGAUAGCUUGAGAAAUACACUCUAGAGAUGCACUGUUCAAUCUGGUACCCACCAGACACAUGUAGCUAAAUUAAAAUGAAAUUAAAAAUGUAGUUUCUCAGUUGCACUAGCCCCAUUUCAAAUGCUCAACAGCCACACAUGAUCAGUGGCUACCCUAUUAGACAGCACAUACACAGAACAGUUUCAUCAUCACAGAAAGUUCUGUUGGAUAGUGCUGUCCUAAAGACAUUUAUCUAUCCCAUCUAGGCUCUACUAUUUAAAGUAAAGUAAGCAUCUGAAGGCACAUUUCAGCCUGUUGGUUUGGUGUUUAGUCUCUAAAGAGCAAUGAAGCAUUAAACAGUAUACUGUAAACUCCUUGUGGGUAGGAACCCUGUCUCAAUUUUGUUUCCGUCUCCUAGCUCAGGAUCUCGGCAAUAGUAUCCAACAAAUGUGCUGAAUUACACUGAAGUUAUGAAAUCAAUAAGGGAAAAAAAAUUUUUUUUUUCUUUCUAGGGCCCUAUCUUUUAUGGAAGUAAAAGAAAAUAUUUAAAUAUUUUAAAAUGCUUAACUUUCAUCAUUUCUAUCUUUGAGGGUAUAGAAAAAUACAUCCAAUAUUUGCUAGAGGUAUUUUUAUUUAUCAGAAUUGACUCUUAUAGGACAAUGAAAUUACGGUUUUAAUUGCAGUGGUUUUUGUAAGUUCUUCUGACACUUUAAAGUAACUUACUGAAAGUUUAUUAUAUGCCAAACAUGUUGAUAAGUAUUUUAUAUAAUUUAACCCACUUAAUCUUCAUAAAACUCUAUGAUGAAGAUAUUAUUCACAUUUUAUAAUAGAGGAAAACCUAUUACAAUAUUCCCAAGUUCCCAAAACUAAUAAAAGAUUCAACUAAUGGGAUUCAAACUCAAAGUUCUGUUCAGGACCCCAGCCUCUUAACCACUGUGUUCUACUGCCUCCCAUACUGGUAAAUCAUAGUCAUCCAAAGGUUUAAUAUGUGUUCAAAGUUCUUUCAAUUUCCCCCAACAUUUUCCAACAUAAGAAAAGUUGAAAUAAUUGUGUGUGCACACCCGUACACUUAGAUUCAACAUUUUACUAUAUUGGUUUCAUAACACACCUAUAUAACUAUCUAGCAGUAUUUAUCCAUCCAUUUCUGAUGCAUUUUAAGUUGCAGACCUCAGUAAUUGUCAGCCCUUAAACGCUUCAGCAUGCUUAUCAUUAACCAAAGUUUAGUAUUUGUCUACAUUUUUAAGGUAAAAUUUACAUAUGGUGAAAUGGACAAAUCCUAAGCAUACCAUUUAAUGCAUUUUGAGAAAUGCAGACACCCAAAACCUCCAUGAAGAUAUAGAACACUCACCCCAGAAAGUUUCCUCAUGCCCUUUCUUAAUUAACCCCUCACCCCUACCCUACAGGGGUAAUAAUGGUUAUGAUUUUUUUCCCCAUAGAUUAAUUCUUGUCUGCUCUAGAACUUCAUAUAAAUAGAAUCAUACAGUUUACACUCUUUUGUGUAAGGCUCUUUGACUCAAUACAAUGUUUUUGCUAUUCAUCACUGCUGCUGCUUGAAUUAGUAGUUCAUUCCUUUUUCAUUGAUGAAUAGUAUCCCACUGUAUGAAUAUAACACUGUUUUCCAUUUUCUUAUCAAUGGAUAUCUGGCCUAUUUCCAGUUUUUAGCUCUGCUUUGGCAUUUAUUAAAUAAAUGUGUAGGCAUAACUAGACUCUCCAAACAUUUAGUCUGCUUUCAAUCAUUA